AUACUCCAGUCGGUGAUUUUUCGUUCGUUUCACUGAUUUCCUUGCUCCGUUCGUGGCCAUGAUCGGCGUGCAAGACGCAGUGACGCUGCUCUCACUACUCAAUGCAGAUCAACGUCCGUUGGAAGAAAUUGCCGCGGAAUUCAGCUCCAAAUUCUCGCGCGAAAUCCAGUUCGACAUGUGCUGUUCCCUCGCCACGCUCUUAGAGGAAAAAAUGAUGCUCAAACCUGGCCGGCGUUUGAUUGCAUUUGCACUUCUUCAUCAAGCAUAUUCAAAGCAGCAAUCAUCUUCAAACCCAUUUAUCUCUUUUCUUAUAAAUGCAGCAUGCGACGAUGCAACUGAAAAAACUGAAAGGGCAUUCAUUCUUCAAUUGUUGGGUCCUGCCGGUUCCAGCACUAGUAAAGAGGUUCUAAAACAGUCUUCUGUAGAUUUCAUCAAAGGAUAUGAUCCUUUAUCACAUGCAUUUCCGUCACAUGAUCAGUUGCAGAAACAAUAUUGUGAUAAGGCACAAGAAGAACCAUAUGAUUGUGCAUUCAGGAGAUCAGCUGUUAAAAAUGCAAUACCAGACCCUGACAUACCCUGCGGCUGUGAUUCCAAUGCACCAGAGCUCGAAUUUACACCACCUGGAGCCAAACCAAGAAUUGGGUAUGGAGAAAGAGAUGGAGCGAUAGCUGGACUACUGCAAAAUCUAUCAUUGGAAGCACUUGGUCCUCAGUGGAUCAGGCCUCUUCCACCAAGGAUCCCAAUACAAGAUGGAGAGCAUAUAUGGCUCAACCUUGACAAUACUCACGAGCUAUUGUGGGAUUAUGGAAUGUGUGCUGACACUAGUCGAGGGGCUGCAAUUAGGGAUUUAAUUGCAAAAGCCUUGAGGGGACCACUUGUGCCUCAGCAGCAAGAGCAAGUCUUGAUGGAGCUUGAAAAGGACCCAAAGAUUGUAUAUCAUUGUGGACUGACCCCACGAAAAUUACCUGAACUGGUGGAACACAACCCACUCAUUGCUGUUGAAGUUCUCAUAAAGUUGAUGAAUUCCGCUGAAAUUGCAGAGUACUUCACGGUCCUUGUGAACAUGGAAAUGAGUCUACAUUCAAUGGAAGUUGUGAACAGGCUCACCACUGCGGUUGACCUCCCGACGGAGUUUGUGCACAUGUACAUCACAAAUUGCAUAUCAUCUUGUGAGAAUAUUAAGGAUAAGUACAUGCAAAAUAGACUCGUAAGACUUGUAUGUGUCUUCCUACAGAGCCUCAUCCGAAAUAAGAUAAUCAACGUUCAAGAUCUGUUCAUUGAAGUCCAGGCCUUCUGUAUCGAGUUCUCACGGAUAAGAGAAGCAGCAGGGUUAUUCAGGCUCCUCAAAACCUUGGAAUGAGCUCCUCUUUCUCCCUCUAGUGUUUGAUUUCUUUGCUUGUCUACCAGUCUAGCAUUUCUCCCUUAUCAAUUACAAGUUCUUUUAUUGACUUGGUCCCAUUAAUCCAUUUUUCGAUCAGACCAGUGCUACUGUGACUCACGGUUUAUGGAGUUCCGUGACGCCUCCGUCAAAACUCAAUUCUGCA